AUGGCUACCUCAAAAUUUUGUCUGCUUUUAUUUUUUAUUCCAUUUGCUAAUCUUAUUAACUGUAAAAAUGAAAAAGAAACUGGUCAUGAUAGCGAAGCUAUUUUUAAAUUGCAAGCAAGAGCCAGACUUGCAACUUGCCAUCAUGGAGUUGGUGUUCUAUUAUAUAUUGGAAUGGGGGAAAUAUCAAUUGCUACACCUCCUACAGGAGGGCCAACUGAAUUGGAAGUUGCUAAGACUCAACAUUUAUUACAAAUAGCUACCGAGCUCGAAAAGAGUGUCAAUAUUCUGAAAAAUUCUUAUGAUAAAGAUACAGAACCACCCACUCAAGAGAUAAUUCAUUGUAUUCAACUUUAUGUCGAUGCUUAUCAGGCGGCGAAAUCGAACAUUAGCAGUGUUGUAGUACCCAAAGAUAAUGCUCAAAUAACUUCAUCAAUUGGAGCGAUGAUGCGCGAGAUUGCGCCAUUGAUGGCAACAAUUAAAAAAUAA